CCUAAACGAAAGUGCCAUAUGUUAAAGUGUUUCGGAAUUUGCGAAUGGGAGGACAAAACUGCAGAAUUAGGAUGGAUAGGUGUUUCAAAAGAUUGCUACUUCAUUUGGUAGAGGCCACCUUGGAGUUCAGCCGAACCAAUGCUCUUCCCCGUAGGUAUGUCCUGCAAAUAACAAUAUAUAGAGAAGAAGGAAAUUGAUAUAGGCAUAGUUGUGGUUAGUUUAUGGACUGAUAUGAGGUUAAAGGUGAAAUCUGGCACAAAUAAAACUUCAAAGAGGGUCAAAGUUGGUGAAAAAUGAACUAUGCCUAGGUGAGUAGCUGGCAUUUGUAUUCCUAUGGGAAGAGUGAUCAUGACAUUGGAUAUGGGUUGAAAGGAUGAAAAAGAGAGAAAUUGCAAAUCAUAUGAUUUGUGGCUCCGGUAUCGAGAAUCCAAGUGUGGCCACGAGAAUGGAAUGGUUUGGGAAAGGGAAGAGAAGGGUUUUGUGUACCUGACCGGUUGCUGGUCGAAGAAAAGAAGGCAGUAGCAGAAUUGGUGGGGGUUACUGACUUGUUGGUGGUGGGAUUGAGAAGUGGAGGUUGUAUCAUGGACAUAAGCUUGCAGCUGAGAAUACUGUUCCCGGGUAAGUUUCAGACUUGCCAGAGCUUGUAAUAAAUCAGGCUGAGUAUUCUGAGACUUGGCAAUGACUGAAUGUGCAUGAGCUCACUGGUUAGUGUUGAAGUUUGCUCGAGGCGUGUAACCAGGUGGACAUCCGUUCCUUUUGAAGCAUUGAUCGAAAAUGUGGUCUUUGACUGAAAUUUCCUUGAGCUCUAGGCGAUCGAAAAUGUGUUCUUUGGUAAGGUCUUUGCUGCCCACCAAAUUGAUUCAUGCAUUGAAAAUUUCCUUGAUUGCCAAACUGACUAUUGUUCUGCUGCAGGUGAGCUGGUGCAAGCAUUGCCAUGGAAUUUUGGUGCCAUUUUGCUGCACGUUAGUAAGUAACUGCCUAUCCAGUUGUGUUACUCUAUAAAAUAUGGUGUCCAUGUCUGGUAGAGGAUCACACAUGAGGAUUUGUGUCCUUGCAAGAGCAUAGUUGUCAUUGAUUCCUCUUAAAAAAACUAAAUAAUCAGGUUGGUUUCUUGAUAACGAUUGAUGCUAGUGAUCACCUUGGAGUUUGGGUCCAACUUUCCACUACAGUCACACUCAGGGAGAGGUUGAUAAUUUUGCCACUCAUUCCAAAUAGUCAUAAGCUGAGUGUGGUACUCUGAAACUGAGCGAUUACCUUGCUUGAGUGUAGACAAUUGUUCUUGCAAUUAUGAGAUCUUGAUGAGGUCACCUUGAGAAUAGCGUUUCUUUAAAUUCUUCCAAGCCUCUGAUGCUGUCUUGAAGUUCAGAAGGCUUUUUCUGAUGUUGUCACUCACAGCAAAUGUAAUCCAACCAAGUACUAUGGUGUUGCAGCUCAUCCAUGGCUGGUACAUGGGAUCUGAGCGACUAGGCAUAGGAAGGGAACCAUUUAUGAAAUGUAAUUUGUUCUUGGAUGAUAAAGAGUUGAGCAUGUACUUACUCACUCAUUAUAGUUGCUUUGAUUCAGCCUUUCAGGAACUAAGAGAGCAGCUGGACUUUCACCACCAUGAAGGUAGUAGGGAUCUGCAAACAAGUACUCUUUUGUGCUGGUUUUGUGGCUUGUUUCUUCAUCACUAGCCAUUUCUUAGCAGCUGGAAAAACUUGAAGGUUUGAUGAGGAAACCCUAGAUAAGAUAAUUUUGCUCUGAUACCAUUAUACAAAAGCAAAAGGGACCAGAGAAAAGUGUUGUUUUUCAUUCCUUCCAAGCUUAGUAUAUAUACAGAGUACAUGUUGGCAGGUGAAAGAAGAGACAGCAGAAAGACAUUCAACAGUGCAAUUAAGAGUGGGCCGAUCGAGUGGGUUAUCUUCUAAUAAUUGCAGGCCCAAUUUAUCAAAAUAGGAAGCCAAGUCUUCUUCUUCAAUGAGAGCUGAGAACUGUGCAGAAGCUGUUUGGCAAGCGGGUCCUGGGGAAGAAGAAGGUUCUUCCUCUUGUAUUAGGAGCUUGCCAUUUUGAAAUCCCAAAUUAUCUCCUCGUCUAGCUUAUUCCUAUCUUCAUAAUCCAUUCCCGCUGCACUUUGCGCUGUUAGAUCAACACUCAGAUCUCGACUGCUACAUCUGUGACAGCUACAAUGAAGCUAGGUAAAGAAUAGGCAAAAUACACUUUCAUAGCCAUAACUUUGCACUAUGUGACAAAUAUAGUCAAAUUUGAAAAAAUACACAGAAAUAGCCACGAAUUUGAAACUACCUUGACAAUUAUAGCCAUUUCCGUUAAAAUUAUUAACGGAGUUAGAGAUGUCGUUAACAUCCGUCAACAACGAGCUGAGAUGGCGCCGCGUCAGCUUUUAUGUCAACUCUUAGUCGACGUGUCAUGCCACAUGUCAUGCCACGUGUCAUGCCAUGUCAACUUAAAAAUAAAAAAUAUUAUUUAUUAAAAAAAACUAAUUGACCAUCUCUUUUCCUCUUCGCAUAAAUCCCACCUCCAUUCUACCUCAACUCAAAAUAGCCGGCGACUCUCAAUCGACGAAAGCACUCAUCAGCCUUGGUUCAUUCACCACUCGAUAUAGUCCAGCUCGCCUCCGCGGUCCAACAAUACACAACAAGGAGACGUAGCAACGACCGACGGAGGGAGAAUGAUUUCCGGGCUCUCAAGCUUUUGUUGCAGCAGCGGAUGUGCAGAAAAUGAAGAGCGGGAGAGAAAUGAGUCAUGGGUAAGCAGCAGAGGAGCGAGUUUCAUUGAUCUGGAGAGAAAAGGAGCGUCUGAAUUUUGGAGUCCGAUUUCUCAAUCCCUUCUGUCUCGAUUUCCUCGGUGACGGGGCCAAUUACUUCCUGAGUUUGUAGCCGUCGAUGGUGUCGGGGAUGAAUGGGGACGGAAGGAGGAUGAAUCAAAGCAUGGCUGUGAAUAUUGGCAAUUCAAUUGCAAUUCAACCCCUUGGGAAUCGAGCUCCGGCAUCACUCUAUCCCGAAGCAGAUCUACGAGUUCGCGUCGGCGAUCCGACGCGAGGAGUUGGCCACAAAUACCGGCCGCAUAGCGAGAAGCAUCCAUUGCUGGUGGUGAUUGUUUCUCCCAACUGUGGAUUCUCUGGUGGCGGCGGUGGCGAUGGUACCUUCACUGGUUCAGUUUGUGGUGGAGAUGUUCACGGCGUGUCGCUGGUUCUGUAAAAGGGAUUGAUUCGUCCGAUCUGACAACUGGUUCUCGGGGAGAAGGGUUUGAUUGGUUUGGCGGCGGCGACUGGUUGUUGAAGAAGGCAUUUUCUUGGGAAAGAGUUGGUGGGUGUGGCGACGGAGAUUUUGCAGCGGCGAGAAGAAGAACAGGAAGGGAAAGUCUAAGCGACGGAUAAAAAAAAAAAAGAUUGUAGGGGUUUCGUGUUCAGCAGCGGCAACACUCUCUACUUUAAGGUUCUUUGCUACGCCGCAAUUGCAAGAUGAAGACAAUACUCUCGUCGGAAACAAUGGGCAUUUCCGAUGGGAAUCCUCUCGUCCUCUGCUCUCUCUUUUUGUUUUGGUGGAAUCCUUAGCUCUGUCUGCGUGGAAGGGGAAAGGAAAAGGGAUAUUUUCAUUUGAUAUUUCUUUUUCCAUCAUGGCAUGCCACGUAGAUCAAAUUAAAGGAUAUUUUCGUUU